GCCUGUGGUUCACUCAGAGAAGUCCAUUCCCAGUGACAAACAGACUAUUUUUCCAAAUGUAGCAGUACAAAGAAUUUGCAUCAAAAACAGACAAAUCAACCAAAGAUUCAGAAAUGGGGGACUGGUCGAUUCUGGGCCGAUUUCUAACUGAGGUUCAGAAUCAUUCGACGGUCAUUGGUAAGAUUUGGCUGACUAUGCUGUUAAUAUUUCGUAUACUGCUGGUGGCACUGGUCGGAGAUGCUGUGUACAGCGAUGAGCAAUCCAAGUUCACCUGCAAUACACUGCAGCCGGGUUGCAACAAUGUGUGUUAUGACACCUUUGCCCCCGUCUCAAACCUGCGCUUCUGGGUCUUCCAAAUUGUGCUUGUCUCAACACCAUCCAUCUUCUACAUUAUAUAUGUCCUGCACAAGAUUGCCAAAGACGAGAAGCUGGAGACAGAAAGAGGUCAUGUAAAGGCCAUGAACCCAGUAAGACUGGACGUGGAUGAUGUAGCAUAUGGGUCACAGGGAGAAGAUUGGGGUGGUCAGGAUGAGGGUAGCGUGGAGCAAAGCCUACUGCGGGAAGACUUUAAAGAGGUUGGCAAAGACCCGACUAAACUCCCCAGCCAGGUUCUUCUCAUCUAUAUUGUUCAGGUGCUAAUUCGCUCUGUUUUGGAGAUCACUUUUCUGGUCGGUCAGUACUACCUGUUUGGAUUCGAGGUGCCUCAUUUGUUUCGAUGCGAAACUUAUCCCUGUCCGACACUGACUGACUGUUUUGUGUCACGGGCAACAGAAAAGACCAUCUUUCUUAAUUUUAUGUUCAGCGUCAGCCUGGGCUGUUUCCUUUUAAACAUUGCAGAGCUCCACUAUCUGGGCUGGAUCUAUGUUUUCCGUAUGCUUCGUGACGCCUGCUUCGUGUGCUGCAGGUCUGAAAGGGAACUGUAUCAUCGCAACCCUUUGCUGCUGAGUCUUAGACAUUCAUUGCGAGGCAGGCUGGUCCUGCAGACGCCCAGGAUAACAUCGUCUCAGGAGAAGACAGGGACAGCUUGGCUUUCACACGCUCCAGCUAUUGCUUUUGAGACUGACUCAACUCUGGAGUGCACGCCAAAGAAGAACCCAGAGGACCUGAAAUUGGCCAACGUGGUUAGAUGUGGUGUCAAGAAGUCCUGGUUGUAAUGUGUAUUAUUGUUUUACAAAUUCUUCAUUGUGUAACAUAUGUCCAUUAUACGUUUUAUUCUGGAAAUGAUCUUGUCAGUCGAUCAGACUUGUUUUGUUGUGUUAAGUCCUGUUCAGACCGCCAGCGACUAGAAGUGGCCGGGCAACAUUCAAUUCAAUUCAAUUUUAUUUAUAUAGCGCUUUUCACAAUUGUUAAUUGUUGCAAAGCAGCUUUACAUGAGUAGAUGUAGAGGAGAACACAGAAAAUGUAUAGAUAAUAAAAGAAGUAGAAUAUAGCGGCUAAGGUUAAACCGUACAAGCGAACGUAUUAAUAAUGUAACGUAUACAGUAUAGUGCUAAGUUAAGCCAAAGUUGGCUGACUCUCCCAGGGAUGAAAAAAACCCCUAGGAGAAAACCCGGUGGGAAAAACUCCUAGAAGGACAAAAACCCUUGGGAGAAAUUAAUAUAUAUUUAUAUAUAUAGACACGGUAGGGAUAGGAAGCGGGUAAGCGGAUUAAACUGGUUCAGCCGGUGGUCGUUGGUCGCGCAUCGGCUGGGCAUCACAUUGAAGGACAGCCAGUAGAUCAGUGGUGCGAUGACCUUCACAGCAACAGGGUCUGUUUGUCUCAUGGUCCUUGGGUUCAGGUGCAACCACUAACAUGAUCUCAUUAAUUUCAAUGGAAGCUUGGCGCCUUCUGGCGACGCAAGCGACUAUUGGUGACAGGAAGUGGGCGUGUCAACCGAUGCAACAAAGUUGAGAAAAGUUUAUGUUUAUGCAAAUCAUGAGCAACUUUCAGGUGCAACCACUAAUGAGACAACACAAUCUCACUGCAAGUCGUAGUAUAGUCACAAAAUAUUUGAUUUAUUUAUUCAUGUUCACAGACAAGGUUUUUCGCUUUUUGUCUUUUUUGUGUCACUCAGCAAAAAUUUAUAUUAAUAGUUUUUCGUGUCCGUAGCACGACUUUCUUUUCUAUUGGGGUUUGGGUUAGGAUGUCUGAAAUGUAACAGAAAGUUGCUCUAACCCCAACCCCAAUGGUAAA